AUGGCUCUAUUUUAUGUUGGCUAUGUACUAGUUGUAUCAAGUACAAUUGCAUUCAUUCUUGCAAUUCUAACACCGAGAUGGAUUUAUCCAAAUGUUACAAGUGUUAGUCCAAGCGCAAAUGCAUCAAACUAUCAGGGCAUCUUUUUUGUUAAUCUGAUAGCUAACAAUAAUACAUGUAGUGAUUGGAUUCUUACCUAUAAAGAUUCAAUAGCUAAUUGUCGUCCACCAUAUGCUGUUGCAUGUGCAGCAUUAUCAAUCGUAGCUUCAUCACUCUCUAUUAUUCUUCUUUGGCUUGCUGGUGGUUAUCUAUAUAUUCGUCGUCGACGUCUUGCACCUCAUUUUGUAACAUUUUUAGCGGGUUUAACUUUAUUCAUUUUUUUUACAACUGCAGUCAUAUGGAUUGUAAUGCUUACAAUGAAUCGUGAUGGUGAUAUGAAAAUAUAUCGUGACAAUAUUGGUUUUUCAUUAUGGAUUGCUGUUGGUGCAAGUGGUGGUUAUUUACUUGCUUUUAUAUUAUUUGUUCUUUAUCGUAUUGAUAUUGGCCAUCGAAGUUCAUCUCACGAUCUAUAUUCAGCAUAA